AUGACUGAGUGUCGAACGUGUUUGUACAUACUGUUGUUGGGUAUGUACUAGCAGUUUGGUGACAUACUUAAUGCCUGCAAGGUGUUUGAUGAAAUCUCGCACCCAUGGAUUGUUGAAUAUAAUGCAAUGCUUGAUGCUUAUGCGAAGAAUGGUGACAUGGGUUCUGCUUGUUGUCUCUUUAAAAGCAUGCCUAAGAGAGAUGUAGUCUCGUGGACUAGUGUUAUUAAUGGGUUUGCAAAGAAUGGACUUUUUGGUGAGGCAAUUAGGCUGUUUAGGGCGAUGAUGUUGCAUGAUGAUGUAAAGUGUUGUUUUGUUAAACCUAAUGAGGCCACAUAUGUCAGUGUGUUCUCAUCAUGCGCUAAUUUAGAUGAAAGAGUGGUCCUUUGUAUUGGGAAGCAAAUACAUGGGUUUAUAGUAAGGAAUGAGGUUUUUGUUACUGUUUUUAUUGGGACAUCAUUGAUAGAUUGCUAUGGAAAAGUGGGUUGUUUGAGUAAUGCCAUUAGAGUUUACAACCAAAUGGUGGUUAAAAAGGUUUGUACUUGGAAUGCUAUAAUUUCUUCACUUGCUAACAAUGGUAGAGAAGAACAAGCUCUGGACAUGUUUAAAAAGAUGAAAGGGGAAGGUUUGUGUCCCAAUGAGGUCACCUUUGUUGCUGUACUUACUGCUUGUGCUCGUGCCAAGCUUGUAGAGAUUGGGCUGGAGUUGUUUCAAUCAAUGGCUGGUGAGUUUGGCCUGGUGCCAAUAAUGGAGCAUUAUGGGUGUGUUGUUGAUCUUUUGGGAAGGGCAGGGUUAUUGGGGGAAGCUAGUGAAUUUAUAAGGAGGAUGCCUUUCGAGCCAGAUGCUUCAGUUUUUGGUGCACUUUUAGGUGCUUGUAAGAUUCAUGGAGCUAUUGAUUUGGCAAAUGACGUUGGAAGCAGGUUACUUGAAUUGCAGCCACAGCAUUGUGGUCAAUAUGUGGCUUUAUCUAGCAUAAACAAUGGUGGAGGCAAGAGUUAGGAAGGUUCCUGCCUGCAGUUUGAUUGAUUGCAUAUGAAACAGCAGCUUGGAUUUGAUGGAAGAAUUUGAUUGAUGGAUGCCAGGACCCCCCAGGCUUCAAGGAUGCUGGUGGCUCUUGGAUUUAACUGAUUGCUUUAUUUGUAUUAGUCCCGUUCUCUCUUUGGCCGCUGUGUGCGGAAAGAAAUGGUGAACACUGGAAUUAUGAUUUAUUUUUUUUCUUUAAAUCGAACAAGUUACUUAAUUGAAGAAUAUCAGGAACCUACAGGUUUUUGGGA